CACCGCCGCACGCAGCAUAGCAUCGGCGUUUGUUUAGCUCCUCCAGCCGACGAUCAGCUCAUUGGCAGAAGAAGUCGAUCCGGCUUCCCUGUCGGCACUGUUGUUACCCUGGGACUGAGGUGUGACCUGCUAGCAUCAGUCGAAUACAUGUGGAUGUAGUGAAGAUAUCAGCCGCACUUGAGACUUGGUGCGAGCAAACUGGGUCGCUUUCUAGCUCGUGGAGUCGUGGUGGACGCGGAAACCUCUCACUUCCAGCGAAGAAAAGAGCGGGCCAGCGAUCAGUGUCGACCACAGGCACAAGGUCCGUGUGCGGAGACUUCUUCGAUUUCGAGCUGGCAACAAGAAGGGGGCAUCACUACCUCCUCCAGUCAGAUUGGCAGCAGUAGCAGCCGCCACACAGUGCCAAGGAUAGCCUACCGGGCUGCAGUACUGACUCGCAACAAUGGCCGCACUCAGUACCCUCCAUCUAGCCUUGCUACUAUCCGUGUCUCUUGUGCAGGCGUCGCAGGCACUGUCCCAGCUCUCGGCCACCUACCUGCGCGCCUACGAGUACUUCCUGGUUGAUCACACCAGGGGCCGACAGUGCCAGUCAUUUGUGAGAAGCGAAGCCGAGAACUACUGCCGGGGCUUCGGCUACAACAUGACAAUGAUGCCCAACCUGCUCAACCACCAGAACCAGUCGGAUGCCCUGAGGCAGAUGAAAGGUCUGGAUUCGCUGGUGCAAGCGAACUGCAGUUGGGAACUACCCUUCCUGCUGUGCUCGCUCUACUUCCCGAUCUGUGCCGAGGUGCCACCCCAAUCCGCAUUGCCCAGUACACAACAUGAGUCUGAGAAUAGACCACGCCAGGAGGAGGUGCAUAUGACCACACCGUGUCGCUCACUGUGCAAUCGAGUCAAGGAUCAGUGCAUGCCGGUGCUGAGUCGCUUCCACUACCCCUGGCCCGAAGAUCUCAACUGCUCCCUGCUCCAGGAGCAGCCCACGGCUAUUGGCCCUAAUGGCGAGACGAUCAUUUGCUUUCCACAGCCGCCCAACACCUUCCAGCCAACCUUCGAGAGAGAAGUGGGAUGCUCGCGACAGACAUGUGCAUCACCGGCUAUAAAGAAGAAGCUGUUCAAGAAGUCCCAGUACCAUUUUGCCAUUCAAGCCCGCCUGAUCGACUCCGGGUUGACGAACGGUCGUAAGCAUCUCCACGUCCACAUCACCCAAGUCCUGUCCAAGUGCAAGCAGAAUGUCAUUCCGCGCAGCAUCGCGCGCCAGCUGCGCCCUGGCGAGGAUGCCCUGCUGACGACGAACGCGAGAAACCUGUGUGACUGCCCGCAGCUGAACAAACAGAACGAGUACAUUCUCACUGGCUGGGUCACGCAAGACACGCUCACGGUUCACAACGUGCGAUCCGUGAUCCGCCCCACCAACAACAAACUGCGUAAAAAGGUGAAGAAAUGGGCACGAAGGAACUGUGCCGCCUAAACCUAGGGCACAAUACGAGUUCAUAGAGAUCGCAGGUGCCUUUAAAAACUCGAAUUGAAGCUCCGCUGAUCGCCUCACAUAGCAUCCACGGGAAUUGUGUCAGAUGAAUGUGAAUGAUUUGGAGAUACGCGGCCCCUGCGUAGAGAAUCUCUAAUCAGAACGUUGUACACCAUGUUUGCUUAAUGGCCGUGAAUGCAGGAGUGAAGUAGAAAUGCAACUUUGACGUGUACGGCUAAUCAUCUGUCUUUUUUAUUCAACUUUUCCCUCGGCUUUCCUUUUUCGCCUGCUUCCUUUCUUUUUUCCAUCUCAGUCCCUCAUAUUCUUAGUUGAGUUGCGGCAAGCCACAUGCCUAUCACUUUUUCUAUAUCCACAAAACGCCUUGGAACUCCAUGCUAUAUUCUCUCUAUAACGACACUGAUGAGUGAGGCCAAGACAGGCCGCAGCGCACGCAUGCGCACACACGCACGCGCGAGCGCGCAAGACAUUGACCUAAUGUACAAAGAUAAUUGACUAAGUAAAGGUAUGACAUGACAUUGUGAAUUGUGCAGGCAAAACCUCGAAAUACAAAUGUUCCAACUGUA